AACUGAAAAAUAAUUUUUGGUUGCCAGUAUACCUGUAGUCGUUGCACUGAUCAGUCGAUAGUUUUGUGAUAAAUUAUUUCUCAAGUGAAUUAAAUUAUUAACCAUGGGACGUGAUUCUAGAAAGGUUUCAAGAGAACUUCGGAGUUCUGAAAAAAUUAAUAAGUCGCGUUCAGUCAAAAGAAAGAAUGUUUUUAAUCCGAAAACAGCCGAACGUGAUGAAAGUAUUCAGAGUACAUCUUCUAAAAAAUUAAAACAAAACACUGAAGAUGAUGUACCUGAAGACAGCAGUACUGAAUUUCGAAUAAUAAAUUUUAUUCAGGUAUUCACUGCAAUUUCUGCUCUUAUAAAAUGUAAAAAAUGUGAUGGAAAUGUAGUGUUUCAAACAGCAAGUACACGUGGGCUGGGAUUCAAAAUUGUAGUUGCAUGUAAUAACUGUGGAAAUGAAUAUAUUCCUUCCUGUUCUUUCGUUGGGCAUUCUUAUGAAAUAAACAGACGUUUCAUUUUUGUAAUGAGAAUACUAGGAAUAGGAUACGAAGGAUUGUGCAAGUUUUGCGGCCUGAUGGACAUGCCGUCUUUUUUAGAUAAAUCUACGCAUACAAUUUUACUGAAACAGAUUUUGAAUUGUAGUAAAGCCGUCGCAGAAACCUUCAUGACGAAAGCUGUGAAUGAAGAAAAGCAAGCAAUGCCAACAACUGAAAAUGAAGAUAUAAAUCAUCUAACUGUAUCGGGAGAUGGAACCUGGCAAAAACGGGGAUAUACAUCGUCAUUUGGAGUUUCUUCUAUAAUUGGCUAUUUUACUGGAAAGAUUCUUGACAUAAACAUUAAAAGUGCAUAUUGUAAGCUAUGUGAGUAUUGGAAAAAAAAAACAAAUACUGUUGAGUUCGAGGAAUGGUAUCAAUCGCAUGAAGAUGUGUGUUCUGCUAAUCAUCAAGGGUCUUCUGGGAAAAUGGAGGUGGAUGCGAUGGUCGAAAUGUUUUCGUAUUCUGAAACUAAAUAUGGAGUUAAGUAUGCCAACUAUAUUGGUGAUGGUGACUCCAAGACCUAUUCAGGAAUUAUAAAAUCAGAUCCUUACGAAAAUACAACUGUAAAUAAAAAGGAAUGUAUAGGGCAUGUCCAAAAGCGGAUGGGGAGUCGAUUACGUACGCUGAAGAGUAAACAAAAAGGUCUUGGUGGUCGAGGUAAGCUCACAGGAAAAUUAAUAGACAAACUAACUGUGUACUAUGGUUUAGCAAUACGCCGGCAUUGUGAUUCUAUUGAAAAUAUGAAAUCUGCUAUAAUGGCAACCUUUUAUCACUACGGCUCGAGUGAUGAAAAACCGAAUCAUGAUAUGUGUCCAAAAGGCGAAGAAUCUUGGUGCUCUUACCAGCGCGCUGAAGCAAGAGGAGAGCUUGAUACCUUUUCUCACGAUUAUUCUCCUUUACCUUCUGAUGUUUUAAAAGCUAUCAAGCCUAUAUACGAAGAUCUUAGUAAUGAAAAUUUACUUUCAAGAUGUGUAGGUGGAUUCAAUCAGAAUAAUAAUGAAAGCUUUAACCAACUAGUAUGGAAAAUAUGCCCAAAAACGGUAAAUACUAGUUUUACCAUCGUACAAAUAGCUGCAUACGUUGCUAUGUGUAUAUUUAAUGAGGGUAUAAAUUCAUUAUUAGUCUUGAUGAAUACACUAGGACUUAAUUGUGGGCCUAAUUCUCAUCGGUAUGCAGAAAGAAUGGAUGCUGCACGUAUCAAAGUAGCAGAUAAGCGCGCUAAUGAUAACACCCGAGAAGGUCGAUUGCAACGUAGGCACCAGCAAAUCGAUAUUUUGGAAGCUGCUAUGUCGGCUGAAGAGCUAUUAUAUGGUCCAGGAAUAGAUGACUCAGUAUGAAUCUCCAAGGACUUAUGAUGAUCACCGCAAAGGACUUCGGGAGGAACGGGCUCUACAAAAACAGCGAUAACUUUUUGAAUUAUUAAUUUUUUUUUUUGAAAUUUUCGUGAAGUCAAAUCGAAACGUGUUCUAAUAAAGCUAUGUUUUUAUUUUUGUCAAAUAAAGUAAUUAACUACAAAAAAAAAAUUAUUGAAAAUCAUCAUUUUUUCAUACCCCUGAG